GCCAGUAAGCCUUCCAGUCGCCUUGACAACAUCUUCUCACAUUCUGAAGUUAUUGAACCGCACUGGUUGACACCCCAAAGCAUAGAAAAUACCAACUUGAAGUACCCUGCACAUGUAGAAGUCAUGCUUAAAGCAGAAGGAAGAGAACUGAUCCUAUCUCUACAAAGAAACGAACAACUCAUCCACAUGAAUUACACAGAGACCCAUUACAGCCCCAGUGACAUUCCUAUAAUUCAGAAACCCAAUGUGACGGACCACUGCUAUUACCACGGAGCUGUUCACGGGCAGAAAGACUCCAGUGUAGCAGUCAGCACCUGCUCAGGAAUAAGGGGACUAAUAACUGUAAGCAAUAAUCUAAGUUAUGUGGUGGAACCACUACCAGGAGACAGCCAUAGACAUCUUAUUUACCGAGCAGAACAUCUAUCCCUUCCGGGAGGGAAAUGUGGACACUCAAGCAGCGAGAAGCAGAAUUUUUCUAGCCUCCACAGACCUCAUUACAGGGUGAAGAGAGAGGAAGCAGAGGGGGAAAGGUGUGUGGAGCUCUACCUAGUGGCUGAUUACGCUGAGUUUCAGAAACUUGACUCAGACUUGGAGCAGACCCAGAGGAAGAUGCUGGAGGUUACCAAUUAUAUAGAUAAGUUUUACAGAACACUAAGGAUUCGAAUUGCAGUGGUUGGGUUGGAGAUCUGGACUGCUGGAGAUAAGUGCAAUGUCUCAGAAAACCCAUAUAUGACCUUACGUGCCUUCCUAUCCUACAGAAGAAAGAUCCUACAGCAUACGCCGCACGACAAUGCACAGCUAAUAACAGGGCGAUCUUUUCAUGGUACUACUAUUGGGCUGGCCCCACUUCAGGCAAUGUGCUCUUCCUAUCAGUCUGGAGGUGUGAAUAUGGAUCAUUCUGACAAUGCAAUUGGAGUUGCAGCCACAAUGGCUCAUGAAAUGGGACACAAUUUUGGCAUGAAUCACGAUGCUGCUGGCUGUUGUACAGCCAAACCUGAAGAUGGAGGCUGCAUAAUGGCGGCUGCUACUGGACACCCUUUCCCUAAAGUGUUCAAUGAUUGUAAUAAGCGAGAGUUGGACCGCUUCCUGCGCUCUGGAGGGGGGAUGUGCCUCAGCAAUACCCCAGACACAAAGACCCUUUAUGGAGGAGCACGUUGUGGAAAUGGCUUCUUGGAAGAGGGGGAGCAAUGUGACUGUGGGGAUAUCGAGCAAUGUGACAAUCCAUGCUGCAAUGCUUCAACCUGUACCCUGCUGCCAGGGGUGGAGUGUGCCCAUGGGACCUGCUGCCAUCAUUGCAGACUCAGGCCACCUGGGUUCCCGUGCCGGAAGACAUCCAGAGCUUGUGACCUGCCAGAGUUUUGUACCGGACAUUCUCCUGUGUGUCCUCCCAACUCCUUCCAGCUGGAUGGAACUUCCUGCCAAGACGAAAAAGCUUUCUGCUACAACGGGAGGUGUCUGACCCACCAACAACAGUGCCGGCAGCUCUGGGGAACCGGAGCAAGCAUUGCCCCGGAUGUGUGUUUUCAAAAGAUUAAUGCCGCCGGAGACCAAUAUGGCAACUGUGGACGAGACAUAAAUGGUGAAUAUCGGAAAUGUGAAGAUGGGCAUUUCAAGUGUGGAAAGAUCCAGUGCCUAAGCUCCUCCUCCAGACCCAUAGAGCACAACGCCGUGGCCAUAGACACCACAAUCACGGUGCAGGGGAGACGUGUGCUCUGCAGGGGGACACAUGUUUACAGAAUGACUGAAGAGGAAGAUAUGAUGGAUCCCGGCCUAGUCCUUUCUGGUACUAAAUGCGGAGAAAACCAGAUUUGCUUUGAGGGACAGUGCCGAAAUACCUCCUUUCUUCAAUUGGACGAGUGUACGAGAAAGUGCAAUGGAAAUGGGGUUUGCAAUAAUAACCAGAACUGUCACUGUCGACCUGGUUGGAAGCCUCCGUAUUGUAACCAGACAGGAAAUGGUGGCAGCAUAGACAGUGGACCGGUACCUACUGAGGGUGCACAGUCUGUUGUACUUUGGAUAUUUCUCUCUAUAUUACUGCUAGCUGGGUUAGCAGUCAGUGCGUCCGCAUACCUUUAUAGAUGCAGGUGCCUGAGCAGAUUCCUCAAAUCAGACACUGGUCCUGCAGCUGGCUAUCUGCACACCAGUGACAGCAGUGAUAAGUGCAAAAUCGACCCUACCUCCAGGCACAGACCGCAGACCACAGUGGGCUCAAAAAGUCCAGUCAGUUUACAGUCUAACCACAGGACAGCAGAUCAAAGGUCUCCAUCCAGUCAUCAUCCUCAAAGCAGACAGUUAGAUGGUGGAUCCACACAUACCGCAUCUCCAGUAAGAAUGCCUCCACCCAGCAGACCAGCACCACCUCCUCCACCUCAACCACCUCCAAAGGUAUUGCAACCCCCCAAAAGAGCGCCACCUCCCCUACCGCCAAGUAGGAUGCGGCACACUGCCAAGUGA